CCCAGGGAAAUAAAACAGGGGACAAAACUGGCAUUUUCCCUCCCAUUUGCCGAUGUCGGGUCGGUUAAAUUUCAAUUCAACCAUGAUUGACGAUUUUUUCAAUGAAAAUUUUAACAGAAGGGCAUGAUUGAUAAUUUUUUCAAAGUACAGGGGCAUGUAAAAAAUAGUAAAGGGACAUGUUUGAUAAAACGUCAUAGUAGAAGAGCAUAUUAUACCUAUAACCCUAAAUUUAAUCAUAAGAAACAGAGAUACGGAAAACAGAGGAGAGGAGGAACCCUAGACGAUGGUUGGAGAAAACGGGAGGCCAUGGGCUGAUCUUUGCCCGGACCUGUUGAACCUGAUCAACGACAAGCUGCCUCAUUACGACGCCGUUCGUCACGCCGUGUUGGGAUCGGUAUGCAAGCCGUGGCGCCAAGUUCACCGCGCCGCUCGUCGCCAGCCGCCGUUGAGACCAUGCCAGCGUUGCAGAGAUCCGCGACCCGCCGGAUACCGCCUUCACUCGAAAACACCGGAACUCGUCGAAUCGACGACCGUCCCGGGUCGCGUUCGGGAAGAAUUGUGCGGCCAAAUCAUCGCUUGCGCCUUGCCGAGCAGGUGGUGGCUUCUGAAGAAGAGUGCAGAUUCCCCCGGCGGCGAAAUCACUGGUUGCUUCAAUCCCUUUCUCCCGUGGCCCCACAAUCACAGCAAACUGCCCUUGCUCCCCGCUUCCCUCACCGACUCCUCACCCAGGGGUAUCAGAGCCGGUUUCUCCGCGCCGCCGACGAGCGAUCCGGCCGCCGGCGAUUGGACCAUCCUCGUGGCCGGCGCCGGCGGCGGGGCUACUUUUAGUACUUACCGGCGGGGUGGUCGUUUCUGGAAGAGAUACAGCUGUGACUACUUGGAGGGGCAGCAUUGCUUGGGAGUCGGGUUUCAGGGGAGAGAUUUCUUUUGCCUGUUCGAGAGGGGAGAUGUUGUGAUAUUCGGAAUCGACGGCGGAGCGGGCACCAGAACGUUGUUAGCAGAUGCUCCUCCUCCUCGCCCUCAACCUCCACUAAUUUCUGAUCUGACAGUUGUUGAGAGGGAUGGAGAGCACGUGUUGAUGAGUUGGGAGGAGAGAGGCUAUGAUGAAACAGGGGAUUUUCGGCUUGCAGAGGCAGAGGAUGCGGCAGAGGCGGAGGCGGAGGCAGGGGAAAACAGGGGAAGAGCGGUGGUUUUUGUUACAGAGCACGCGUGGAACUACAUUGAUCUGGACGCGUCCAUCCCGUACAGGAUUCGCCUCAAAUUGGAGGAUGAAUCCAUCGUCUACAAAUGGCCGAGCAGCGGCUGGACGCUGCGGCAGGAUUCGCACAGCUUUCAGAUCGUCAGUUGCUUCAAUCCCCUGCUCCCCUGGCCUCAGAAUUACAUAAGGCUCCCCGACCGUUCCAGAAUGCUAACACGUCGCAAUUCGCGGCGGCGGAUCAUCGCGGCCUUCUCGAGGGAUCCCACGGCGGCGGCCGGAGACUGGACCAUCCUCGUCGUCGGGGCGUGGCCGUGGAGUCUCAGCACGUUCCGCCGCGGGGACUGCUUCUGGAAGAAUUACCACCAUUACGACGGCCGCUCCUCCGGUGAAGAUUACCGGAGCGAGACCGACUGCGUGGGGAUUGGGUUCUGGAAGGGCAGAUUCUUCUGCCUGUUCGAAAGCGGAGACGUUUUGAUUUUCGGAACCCGCGAUGGCUACCAGCGGAGGAUGCUGGCACCGCUUCGUCCCCUUCAGCCUGGCCGCCUGUGCGAUAAUCCGCAAAUCGUGGAGGUAGGAGGAGGCACAGAUUGGGAAUCUUGUGUGGUGGUGAGUUGGGAGCGAGUUUCGGAUAGACACUGCGGCUGCGACGGCGGCGGAGGAACUGGAAGGAGAUGGCGGCUUGCUAAAGUGGAGAGGAGAAGAAAGGAAGAAACGGAGAGAAUGGUACAAUUAGCGGACAAAGAAAGGAUGGUUAUCGUUAGGGGAAAACCCAACCACAGGAUCAUGAGAGGACUUAGCUUGAAAAUGCAUUGAAGAUAGAAAAAAGAGUUUGGUUUAGCGGUUAAAUUGUUGAUUUAUAAUGUGGAGAUGAAUCUCGUCGAGAGCAAAUAUAAAAAAAAUGCAUGUAUGUUUUUUUUUUUCGAAUUUUUAAUAUAGUUCUCACCUCAAUACUACGACAUAGUAUACGUGAUCUAAUGACAUACAUGACCCAUUAGUAUGUGAUAUUUCUCGUAUUUCAUUAUUGGCAUACCGUGCAAUGAAGCUAUGUUGUUAGGGUGUUAUGUUAGCAAUAUAUAAUUAGUAGAAUAAAUAAUUAAUAGGGUU